AGUGGGAGCCGUGAAUAAAACACAACUCGGAUUAAAAAGCCAUGAGCAAGUUAUAGAGAACAUUGAGAUGACAAUUGCCGAACUCUACAAACUCCUGACUGACAUUCCACGGCUGAGUGUGAAUUCUUGUCCCGAGCAAUGGACCAGGUUCAACCAAAGAUGUUAUCACUUUUCCUCAACCAAGAGCACCUGGGAGGAGGCCAAAAGAUACUGUGCAUUAGCGGACGCCCAACUUGUUGUUAUUAAUGAUGCUGAAGAACAGCGUUUUUUGGAGAAAUUGUGUCACGUCAUUCGGUGGAUUGGCCUGAGUGAUUCGGCCUCUGAAGGUGACUGGCGCUGGGUAGAUGGAACCGAUUAUAGGUUCAAUUUAAAAUUUUGGGCGGCUGGUGAACUCCAUGGUCAGAGGGGUUUCGAGGAAGACUGCGCAGCGCUCUCUGAUGAUGGAUUGUGGCGCGAUUGGCCAUGCAGUGCCAAGCACUACGUCAUCUGUGAAAAAAACAGCAAUGUGACCUUUCCUUUGGCGUUACAGAGGGGCCAAAGCGGACACUGCGUCCUGCUGUAAAUGUCCCGCACGUAUGUAUCAGGUGUGCGACCAUUAGCUGAGAUUGGCCACUUGACUGCGUAGGCCGCGCUCUCCCUCCCUUCCUUUCGCCACUGCACCCACUUUGAAGCCCACUGCUGAGAUUCCGUUUUGCUUCAUUAUUAUAACACGGCAUUGAAAAGCCCGCAUGCAAAUAUAUGUAGGAAGGAACUGCAGGUGUCGGUUUACACCGUAGAUAGACACAAAAAGCUGGAGUAGCUCAGCGCGACAGGCAGCAUCUCUGGAUAUAUGGAAUGGUUUUCGUUUCCGGUCGAGACGCUUUUUCUGACUGAGAGGCAGGAGAGAGGGAGACACAGAGAUAGGGAAGUGUAAGGUGUGAACGAGAGAUCAAAGUGUGCGCCCGUCAAGGAUAGAUCGUUGUUAGCUGAUGGGAAGGUGACAACCAAGGCAUACAAUGGAAUCAAGAGGACAGUCAUGUCGGAAUAGGGAAUGCAGAAAUGUCGGAAUAAGAGUCACGAUAAACGUCGCCAAUCCAUGUUCUUCAGAGAUGCUGCAUGGCCUCGCUGAAUUACUACUGAAUUACCUAAUGGACCAGUUGUCAGCGUUACACUCGCAUUUAAGACGGUCACUUCCUUCAUCCCGCCGCGCGUCUGUGCAAAGUUCAAUAUGUUAUUCGGCGUGCAGCAACUUUAACUGGGCUUUUAUGAGUGAACAUGAUUCAUUUUCUGUCACCGACACGGUAGCAAGUGAAAAACAAUGCGCUCACAAAAUCUCUAACAGAAGCCACACCACUCAUAGGAUCAGCGCAUCUCCAAAGGCUUCCCCAACCCGCACAACAUUUUGGUCCUUACCCCUACAGUCGCCGUAGUCAUUCCCUCCCGACCCCUACUCGACCCCUACUCGCCCAGCUGUUCAGGAGACAACGGGGCCUUUGGGAUCGUGAAAUAAACGGUCCUCUCAUCUGAGGAUUCUACAGAUUGUAUAAACCGCUGAUAAGCGCCAUUCUCUGCGAGCGUGCCUCCGUUAACUCUAUUGCACAAUAAAGGAACUUUGUUUGACUGCGUGUGUUUGGCUCAGUGUUCUUCUGGUCAGUAGUCGCAGAGGUCAAGAGAGAUGCUUCCUGUAACUAACAUAUUCUGAGUUUCAUGCUGAGAGAGGUUAGUGACUCUUUCUGAGAUCCAGCACCCUAGAGCAAUUCGUGUCUCAGGCGACGGCCCUUCCCAGAGAGAAACAGCGCUCACGUCAAAUCCCAAGAGGAGAGAUGGCAACCCCGGGCCCUCUAUAAGACCAAGCAUGGAGGGCUGUGUGUGGUUUUAGUCUCCGAGCCUGCAACGGGAUAAACAUACCCUGGGGCAGUGUGGAUCACAUUCAGCACAUGGACAUCCACUCUGAGCCUGGGUCCUGUGGUGGGGUAAAGCAAGAGGGACCCGUGCCCAAUAGGUUUUGGAGGAAUGAGAGACGUAAAAAGCGACGCUGGAAGGGAUUGGGGUGAAAGACUCUUUACAACGGCGGGGAUAUGGAAAUGGGCGUCAACCUCAGGAUGAACAUUCGCCACUGAGGUCCGAGCUGGGGAGAAAUUUCUGUCCUCGGCGGCUGGUUAAUUCCGGGGAAAUCCAUGAUUACCUGAGAUUACAAGUUAUUGAACAGUGUACCAGUAGGACACGGUGCAUGUAAUGGAAGCUCGAUUCACCACCAAUGUAAGACGAACACGCGACAAUAAUGAUUAUU